CAGGAACAGGAAAUAUAGUGGUCAUUAUGGUUAGCUAUCCAAAAGGAAGAGAAAUCUUGGACCUGGUGCAAAAAGGAAUUCCAGUAAAGAUGACGAUUGGGAUUGGCACCCGUCACGUACAGGAGUUCAUCAACGGUCAGUCUGUGGUGUUUGUGGCCAUUGCCUUCAUCACCAUGAUGAUCAUCUCAUUAGCCUGGCUAAUAUUUUACUAUAUACAGCGUUUCCUGUAUACUGGCUCACAGUUUGGAAGUCAGAGCCAUAGAAAAGAAACUAAGAAAGUUAUUGGCCAGCUCCCACUUCAUACUGUAAAGCAUGGAGAAAAGGGAAUUGAUGUUGAUGCUGAAAAUUGUGCAGUGUGUAUUGAAAAUUUUAAAGUAAAGGAUAUUAUCAGAAUUCUGCCAUGCAAGCAUAUUUUUCAUAGAAUAUGCAUUGACCCAUGGCUUUUGGAUCACCGAACAUGUCCAAUGUGUAAACUUGAUGUCAUCAAAGCCCUGGGAUAUUGGGGUGAGCCUGAGGAUGUACAGGAGAUACCUGUUCCAGAAUCUACCCCGGGAAGUGUUUCGGCUAUAAAUUUGAGCAUCACUUUACAAGAUGAUGACAGAAGUGAUGGGAGCAAUUUACCAUCGCCUUCCACUAAUGAAUCUGUGCCGCAGUGUGAUGCCAGCUUUAAAGAAGAUGCAGGUGAAAACACAGCAUUACUAGAUGUUUUUCUGUGUUCAAGGAUGGGGGAAUGUCACUUACUUGCUGAAGCCGGCAGGAGUGACUCUCAGCGUGGAGGACCCCUCUCCUAGCGCAUGUGCCCACCAAUGGCAUCCACCGAUGGAGCUUGGCUUGAACAAAAGGACAUUUUAUUUUUUUUACUUUAGCACAUAGUUUGUAUAUUUGAAAAUAAUGUACAUUAUUUUACUUUUCAGAUUCUGAUUUGAUAUACAAAGGGCUGAAAUAUUUUAUUCUUAAAGAGACUUUUUGAUUAGUCUUCAUAUAUUUAUCUACUAAAAUAUAGUGUUUACAGUAAACAGUGUGUUGUUUCAGACUAUUGCAAAGAUGAUGACUAAGGAAGGCACUCUAAUGUAAAGGACGGUGGUGUUUGUAAGCGCCAGACUAGCCGCUCCUGUACUGUAGAACAAAUUCUGUUUCUCAAGGUUUUUAGACUAAGCACACCAGUUUUAGACUAGUUGUAGUGAAACUGUGUGAUUAAGUUCAAUAAUUGAUCACAUGGGCUUUCCCUGGAGGAAGGACUUUUUUAGAACUUUAAACUUGUAACUGAGAUGAGAAAUCUACAGCUUUCUUGAACAUCUGUAUAUAGAGAUUUCAAAAUCUGAGAAGUCUUGUUCAUUGUUUGGAAUUUAAGAAAAGCAUUAGAUGAAUUUAAUAUCUGCAUUUUUUUCACUUUAUUACUUAAUUUCUUGUGAUACCUCAAUGGGGAGGGAAAUUUCAUUUUUCCUACAAAUAAAAAUGCUGAGAUUUGGUAUUGCACCUGAGUGCUAAGUUCCUCAUUGCCUCGUUAAGGAAAUCUCGUAGACAUACUGUGAUUUUUUUUUUUUUUAAUGAUGAAUGUAUUAUAUUGGUUCCAAUUGCGAUUUAAUCUUUACAAUUAAAAGGAUGAAAAAUGGAGAAUUUUGAUUUUCAUUGUUGGAAUGAAAUAACCAGUUUUCUCAGUUAGUUUUUAAGCAAACUUAAUACCAUGGCCUUGCUUAACCUCUUGUUUGCUGUUCUGACUUGUAGGUCAAAGGAGCAGGCUACUGUAAAGCUUUUGGAGACUGUUCUCUAAGUUUUAUAAAGUGAUUAAAUAAACGCACACCCUGCUCUUUUCUCACUCCUUGGAAGUGAAGGACGAGGAGCAUGAGGCAGUUAUUUUUUAGAGUGUGGAACAGUAGUCCUUUGUUAUUUCUAAACUAAUCAUUGUAUAUAUCCUUAUGUGGAGGCAAAAAUGUUUCAGAAAAAAGUAAUUUUAAAAAGUAUGAAGAAUUUAUCCUUGUAGCCGUAUCUAGGAUAUAAGGGUUUGUUUUAUUUUCUCAAGUUAUUUACCACACACACUUUGAAUCUGGCUACUCAUUGUAACGUACUCAGUGAGUAAAGUUUGCAGCAAAGUCUGUGGCCAGAUCCAGUAUGAGGAGCUGUGGAAACAGAAAACUCGUCCUACUUGGAGCACUUAUUUUAAUAGAUAGCCUCAAAGCAGGUUUCCAUAACAGCCACUGUCUUUGAAAUCUACCCUCUGUGGCUCAGUGCAAAUAGGAGAAUAUGUCCUUGAUUCUGUACCUGGUGGACUGUUUGCUCUUUGUCUUUUAAGAAACAUACUAAGGAAAAUGCUUUAAUUAAUAAUUCCUCCCAGUAGCUAAUGAAGCUGACUUUUAGAAAGAAUACCGUGGCAGACAAAGGUAAAUUGUUUCUAAUAAUCACAGAAAGUGUGAUUUCUUAAUCAGCAGCUGUCAAAUAUAGCUUCCUUUAAUUCAUGUUUGAACACUAAAUUCUAAAUAGAAGAGGUUGGAAUAAUUAUUGUCUUAUCUCUAGAAACACAAGUCUUUAGUAGCAAAAAGAAAUUAGCAAGAGAAGAAAACUCUUCAGUACUUUGAAAGGAAAAAGUUUGUUGAUAAAGUUGUUUUAGAUGGAAAUAAACAUGAUAAAGAAAGGUCAAAUAUUACUAAAAUUUUUGCUGAAACUUUAAAGUUGAUGAGAUGCUUGGAAAGUAGAUGAUCUGGUUUAGUUCAGCCAUGUUCUUUAUGGCGGUAAUCACUUUCCUCUUGCCGGUUGUCCUAAAAGCCAUUUAUUCACGUGUAAUGUAGUGCAGUAUUUUUUUUUUAGCUUUGCUUUUUGAAGGAGACAGUGUGUCCGUGACCGAGAAGCUCUCUGCAGUUCCUGCCUGCCUGGUGUAUUUCUUUGUACUUCUUGACUCCCCAGCCUUGACUGGCGUUCCGACUUCCCAGUGGAAGACCACAAAGGGCCAGAGAGGUUUAAAAACCUGGCACCGUUUUGCAGGUAGUGAUUUGAAGAUUUUUAAAGCUAGAAAUUGGAACUAGAAAAUCCCAGGAAUGCAAGGUGUCUUAUUCACAUGAGAGUUAAAUGGAAUUCAUUUCAUUACACUUAAAAGUUGAUUACCCAGUUAUUGAAUCCCAGGAUUAUAGUAUCUUCCACUUCAGGUUAAACUUUUACUUUUAAACAUGUUUAAUCAAGAAACUUGUUGUAAAUGUAAAUCUUGACUUUUUUUUUUCUAAAAAUGUUCUAUAAAUAUAACUACUGUUCUUUGUAAGUAAAUCUCUCCUCUUUCAAGUAAAGAAUACUGCAGUCUUGAUCCUCCUUA